AUGCCCUGCCCCACCCUCCUCGUCACAAGCAUCACCCUCGGCCUGCACGCCACCGCCGCCAUCACCGCCUUCAUCUGCACCCUCGCGCUCCUCGCAAUCCCUACCUUCCUCCUUUUCGCCUGCUUCAACUCGCCCACUCCCGCACCACCCACCCCUCAAACCAGCAGCCCCAGCUCCAGCUCCGCCUCCAACCCCCUCGCCGGCGCCGCCAUCGGCAGCCUCCUCCUCACCCACCUCGUCACCACCCUCUCCAUGGCGCCGGCCGAGGGCGGGAUCGCGCGCGGGAGCGUGAAGAGCGCGCUCGCCAUCGGGACCGUGCUGGUGAUCUUCUUGACAGCAGUUGUGGCAUUCUUGGUUGUGAAAGCGGUCGGGGACGCGUUGAUUGCGCAUGGGGACAAGUCUUGGCCUGCGGCGCGUGGGAGCGUCGAGGCGGCGAGUUCGCCAGCUCAAAGCAAGACGGAGACGGAUGGAAAGGAAAGCGUGGUAGGGAAGGAGUGAGGAGAGGCGUUGGUAGGGCUGACGCGUUGGUGGGAC